AUGGCUAAGGCUUGUGCACAUGUGAUGCCUAAUACAUAUCACAGGCUUUGCACAUGGCACAUAAUGCAAAAUGCCAUGAAACAUGUAAACAAUUUAUCUAGGUGCACAAGUGGAGUUAGGAGCGUUUUAACACAAUUUAUGGAUUACUAUGAGGAGAAAGAUGAGUUCUUAGUUGCUUGGGAAUCAAUGUUGGAUGAAUACAAUGUGUGUGGACAUCCUUGGUUAGAAAGCAUUUUUUAUUUAAGGAAGAAACGGGCAAUGACAUACUAUAAGUGGUCUUGGUCUGCAAGAGUAAAAACCUCACGGAUAAGUGAAACUUUUAAUGCUACCUUAAAAGACUAUUUGAAUGUGGACCAUGAUGUGGUGCAAUUUUUCAUGCAUUUUGAAAGGGUACUUAAUGAUAAGCAAUAUAAGGAGUUGGAAGCAGAGUAUGCUUUGUGUCAAAAGUUACCGAACGUGAUAAUACCUGUUUCAAUGGUGGUUAAGGCAUGA